AUCGGGUGUUCUCACCAGAGUGGUUAACCGACGGAGUGUAGCCCCUCGACGAUUAUAGGGUCCCAACGAACUGAACUGUCGCCCGAACAACUACCUACAGUCUCCCCAGACAAAAAAGACCACCAAUGGCAUCCCAAUCCACCACCACCGUGGCAGCAGCAGCGGCAACAUCCCGCCUAUCCGCCGUCUCCAACCAACUCUCCUCCUCCCCCUCCUACCUCGUCGUCGUCCUCCCCACCGGCGAAAAAGUGACCCGCGAAUACGUCCCCGCCCCCGUCGAAGUGACGCGCCUCUCGCUCGACGGUACGCUCCUCAUGGAGUACGCCGUGGACAACUCCCGCACGGCAUGCUUCGAUUUGUCUGCUAUCGGUACACCUUUCGAGGGUCGAACGGCGCAUGUGCCCAAGUACAGACUUGUCACUGUUAACCCUAUCGGGUCGUUGGCGCAUCAAGAAGGGAAGAGGUUGGGUGUGGCAGAGUUUUGGGCGGGUGUGUAUGCCAUGUUCACCCUGUUUAGUGAUCAGGAGUAUAUCCCUGUCUUGUUGGAUGCGUUGGAGGAGGGGGAUGGGCAGGAGAUUGCGGGGUAUCUCGUCGAGUCGGGGUUGGGGAGGCAGUACCCUAGGAAGAGGACGCUUUCGCCAACCCGACCCCCUAGUCAAGCACAUACGCACGCUCUGUCCACUUCCCCCACCACGAUGACGAUACCUACGACAGCGUCCACCCAACCCCCACAGAUAACUCAACCACUCACACCCACCUACACCCUCAACGACACUCCAUUCUUCCUCUCCCGCGCCGCGUUCUGGCAGGGCGCGGGCACCGUCGGCUGGCACAAGCACACCUGGAUCCCGAACCCCCCUCGCGCCAUCUUCCCCCAGAUAAGCAGUUUCACGAGGGCGGAGAACGUGGUUGCGAAGCAUGCGUUGAGGCCGCCCAAGCCGGGGCCUGGGGAGGUGCUUUAUAGGCGGUGGUGUGCGGGUGUAGGCCAGAUGCUCGAGUUGGCGUAUUUUGAUUUGGAUGGUGUUAGUGAAGGGCUUGCUGGUGCUGGUGUGGGUGUGGGUGUGGGUGUGGGUGUAGGUGUUGGUGGAGGGGAAGAGAGGCUGUCGAGGCAUAUGGCUGCGUUCCACCGGUGGCAUAAUGAUGAGCGUGUUAAUCGUGCGUGGGGUGAGCAGGGGAGUUUGGAGGCUCAUCGCGACUACAUCCAAAAAGUCCUUGCCGACCCACACGUCCUGCCCUGUAUGUUCAGCUGGGACGGCGAGCUGAUGGGAUACAUCGAGAUCAACUAUACCAAGGAAGACCAUGCUGCGCCGUACUUUCCGUUUGGUGACCCGCCUGGGGAGUGGGAUCGGGGUGUGCAUGUGUUGGUGGGGGAGAGCAAGUUUUUGGGUGGUGGGCGAUCCGAACUCUGGCUCCGCUCUCUAGUCCACUACAUCUUCCUCGCUGACCCGCGUACGAACCGCGUCCUCGGCGAACCGGAUGCGAGGAACAAAGCGAUUGCCAAGGUGGCUGAGAAUGCUGAUUUCCAUCGGGUUCUUGUCUUCGACUUCCCGUACAAGCGCUCCCUCAUGGUCCUCCAUGCUCGGGACAAGUUUUUCACGCAAUGCAAGCUUUACUAG